UACUAUUAAAUUUGUAGGUUGGCCCAAAAAUCUUCGAAGAAGAAAUGAACCAAGUCUAAAAUAACCACAAAAUAGGGUCUCCAAUCCAGUAGUGCUUCAAUCGGACUGGCCUGGGCUGGUGGAUGUGAGUUUAGACGAUGGAGAGCUCGAAUCUGGCAGGCAUCGCCAGCACCACUGUUAAACAAGAACCAGUGGAACCUCACAACCAGCUUGAAGAUGAGAGAGGAUGUCCGGUAAAUGCCAAUCAACCUGUGUCACACUCACCACCAGGUCAAUCAAACAUCAAGACAGGAAGGACCAGUGUUGGAAGAGAUGGUCAUGACUUUGGUUCUUCAACAGAGGAACAGAACUCACAGGAUUCCUGCGCAGGUUUCCAGCUUCAUGCACCGACUCUGAACCCUAGGAGGACGCCUCCAGACUGUAUCCCUUGUGAGCCACCAGGUGCAAGCUCUACAAUGAUCCAAGAAUCACAGGUUGCUCUUCAGGACCUUGAUGGUCCUUCGACACAAGAGACUGAAGUGAGCAUGGUUUCAAAUAUCUGUGAAAGGACGCCUGACCAAAAGCCAUGGAUAAUUGGAAAUAAAGGAGGACGUAUUCUAAUACCACAGCGGGAAAAGCAUUCCGGUGGAAUUGAGUCGAUUUCCAACAAAUCCAGGGUUUCCAUUUCUCAUCCAGAAGAUCUUUUGAGCAGAGAUGGGAAAGAAACAAGUGCUCUGGAAAGGAGAUAUUUUUAUGGAUCACAGGGUUCUGAUACUAAUCACCUGACGACAGAUGGUCUGGGUGCAAGUGUCCUUGAAGGACAGCUUCAUAGCCAACGUGUUCCUGAUGCAAAUCCAAGAUCUCCAGGCAUUGACAUGAUGCAAGCAAGUGACAUAGAGUGUUUGGAUGACAGACCUUCUGCUAAGGGUUUGACUAUGAUUCAUGAGUCGGGAGUUGCUGUUCGCUGUCAAGAAGAUCUUGUAUCCCAAGAGGACACUGGGACAUAUGUUUUGGAAGGAACAUCUUGUCAAAGGUCACAGAACCAUUGCGCAGCAGCAACGGCGUCACUGAAUGAAGAAGAACAACUCUCGCAGUGCAAGAUAUGCCUAAAAUCUUUCAUGCAUCUAAAAUCACAUAUGAAGGUUCACACUUCAGAGCGGCCAUUCAAAUGCAGUGUCUGCGACAAGGGCUUUAUCGAAAGACGCCACCUUGAAAACCACAUGCGUAGCCAUACGGGUGAGAAGCCAUUCGAAUGCUCCGUCUGCCAGAAAGCAUUUAGCCGCGCGACCCACCUGACUUAUCAUCUCCGCACCCACACCGGGAUCAGGCCCUUUUCUUGCGAGACCUGCGGGAGGAGCUUUGGUCGUAAAGGAGACAUGACAGUUCACAUGCGAAUCCAUACAGGUGAACGUCCGUUCGCCUGCAAGCUGUGCGACAAAACCUGCAGUACGCAGAGCAACCUGACCCUUCACAUGCGUGGCCAUACUGGGGAGCGACCUUACAGCUGCACCGCAUGUCCAAAGACGUUUAAAUCGAAGAGCGACCUCAUCAAGCAUGUACGCAUGCAUACAGGCGAGAAGCCGUACCAGUGCGGGGUAUGUCACAAGGAGUUCCGCGCAAGCUCGGAUCUGACUCGGCACAUGAGAGCCCACACCAACGAGAAACCGUACAAAUGUGAUGUAUGUCUGAAAGAAUUCAGCUCAGACUGUUAUCUCCCUAAACAUGUCUGUGCACCAAAGACUACCAAUAUGACUGAUAUGACUGAUACUGAUUAGCAAGGACAUUCAUCAUUGUUGAGAGCCAGAAGAAUGAAAAAACUCUUUAAUUUAAAGGGAUC